AUGACGUAGGAUUGGAAUGAGGGAGUGAAUGUUCCGGGUCAGAAACUGGACGGGAGAGGAAAUUAACUCCGGGACGAGACGAAAAAACCAGAAUGCUAACGUUACUCCCUUCUACACGGAGAUGUAGUCUGUGUUGUAUACGCUAAAAAGAGGGGCUUUAAAAGCGGCGGAGGUCGAUGUGAGACGAGGAACCAAGCGGAGAAAAAAAACAGGUGCCUACAAACUAACCAAAGUGAGACAACGACGGAGAGUAAUUCCCAUGUUCGUCGCCGAACGUUAGCUCGGUAACACGAUUUACUUGCAGUUUGAGUUUCGGUUUUUACUUGGCUGUGAGUUUCGCUUCACUUGUGUUUGACGGUAUAUUAGUGCAGGACUGUCCCGCCGUAGCAAUCUGUUGCAUCCCCCGUCCUCCCCGCUGUUUGUUUAUCGCACGGGCACAAGAUUUAUUCCCACCUCCCCCGUGAUGUUUCACUGUAUACCCCUGUGGCGGUGCAACCGUCAUGUUGAGAUGAUCGAUAAACGCCACUGCUCCCUGUUGUAUGUGCCCGAUGAGAUUUAUCGCUACGGACGGAGUUUGGAGGAGCUGUUGCUGGAUGCCAACCAACUCCGAGACUUGCCCAAGCCAUUUUUCCAGCUGGUGAAACUAAGAAAACUUGGCCUGAGUGACAACGAGAUCCAGAGACUUCCACCAGAAAUAGCCAACUUCAUGCAGCUGGUAGAACUGGAUGUCUCUCGAAAUGACAUUAUGGAAAUUCCAGACAGCAUUUCAUACUGCAAAGCCCUCCAAGUGGCAGAUUUCAGUGGAAAUCCAUUAACAAGGUUACCAGAAAGUUUUCCAGAGCUACGGAAUCUUACAUGCCUUUCCAUCAAUGAUAUUUCAUUGCAAGUUCUUCCAGAUAACAUUGGGAACCUUUCCAAUUUGGUAUCACUAGAACUCAGGGAAAAUCUGCUGACAUUCCUACCAGAGUCACUAUCUAUGCUUCAUAGACUUGAAGAGCUCGACCUAGGAAAUAAUGAACUAUACAGUUUGCCAGAGUCAAUAGGCUGUCUUGUCAGCUUAAAGGACUUGUGGCUUGAUGGAAACCAGUUGGCCGAAAUCCCCUCAGAGAUGGGCAGUAUGAAAAGCCUGUUGUGUCUGGAUGUAUCAGAAAACAAAAUGGAGCGACUUCCAGAGGAGUUAGGUGGCCUGGUGUCACUCACGGACCUGCUGGUGUCUCAGAACCUCAUUGAUGCUCUACCAGAAAGCACUGGAAAACUAAGGAAACUUUCUAUAUUGAAAGCUGAUCAGAAUAGGCUAACUUAUCUUCCAGAGAGCAUUGGUAACUGUGAAAGCCUCACUGAACUUGUGCUGACAGAGAACCAGCUACAGAGUUUGCCUAGGAGUGUUGGGAAAUUAAAGCGUCUUUCCAACUUCAACUGUGACAGAAACCAGCUAACGUCACUACCUAAGGAGAUCGGGGGCUGCAGUGGUCUGAAUGUCUUCUGUGUACGAGAGAACAGACUGACCAGGAUACCGUCAGAGCUGUCGCAAGCCACAGAACUGCACGUGCUAGACGUCUCUGGAAAUAGGCUCACCCACUUACCGAUGUCACUGACCACGCUACGACUGAAGGCCUUGUGGUUGUCAGAAAACCAGUCGCAGCCCCUCCUCACCUUUCAGACCGACGAGGAUCCUAACUCAGGCGAGAAGGUGCUCACUUGCGUGCUGCUGCCUCAACAGCCAUGUGAACCAGACAAUAAAGGCUCUGAUAAUCUUGCCCGCUGUGGAGCACUGGAGAGCCUGGUGAAUGACAUGGCAGAUGACACAUGGGACAACAAAGCCAUGAACAGGAUCAGUGUCAUUCACUUUCUGGAUGAUGAGGAGGAGGAGGAAGAUGACGACAAGGGAACACUACUUCGACGGGCCACGCCUCACCCCGGCGAGCUAAAGACGAUGAAGAAAGCAGCCGAGAACAUCCGCAACGACCUGAACGCUGCCAAAGGCCUGGACUCCAACAAAAACGAGGAAUGUAGAAAGCCUCAUACUAACCCAUCCCUCAGGACCAAUGGCCAAAACUGGGCCAUGAUCCCAGGCUUCAGCUGGGUGGCAAACAAAGAGCGUCAGCAGCAAAGACCUCAACUGUUCCAGGGCAGCGACAGCGUGCGUGGUCGCUGCCCCAGUGCAGAGAAGGACGCAGAGGAACUUGAGCAACCUGAGGAGGAUGGUACCGGCCAGGUGCCAGAGAGUGAUGCUGUACCACAAUGGCUUCGCCAUCACAGAGGUGAAACCCGAGAGGGGAGGAAGUCUCAGCAUCACAGAGCUCUUAAUGCGGGGUCUGGUCUCCAAGGAGACCCCAUCUCCAACAUAAAGACCUCCUCCAUCACAGGGCAUCUGAAGUCUUCUUUGGUGACAGAGAGGACCCUUCCUCAGGAAUCCUUCGUCUCCCAAGUGCCUUUAAGAUUACAGAUCAAAGUGUCAAGCCAGAGCGGUAGUUUGGGAAUCAGCAUUGCUGGUGGGAAAGGCUCUCUGCCUUACAAAGACCAUGAUGAGGUGAGUUCUGGUACAGAAGAGCUAGCAGUGCUCUUUUCUCAGGCUAACAUGUCUAUUUCCUUUCAGGGAAUUUUUAUUUCCAGAGUAAAUAAAGAGGGAGCAUCAGGAAAGGCAGGGGUCCAUGUUGGAGACCGAUUGCUGGAGGUCAAUGGCCUCAACAUGCAGGCGGCGACCCACCACGAGGCGGUCAGCGCCCUCAGGAAUGCCGGGAGCUGCAUCAAGAUGAAAGUAUUAAGAGAGAAGCUGCUACCUCGAGAGGUAUGUGACCCGGACGAACAUCACGAUCCUCGGGACGUGACAGGUCGACAGCCGUGCACACAGGAUGGCGGAGACCAAAGAGGCAAACCGCACAACACGGAGAGCGUGGAAGACGGUUUGUCCAAGAAGAUUGAGGCGGUUGUCUGCAACGGCAGCAGCAUUUCUGAUUUGAUGGAAAAUGAUUCACUUCAAGGGGGGAAACACACAAUGACAAUCCCGCGGAUCAUCCUCACUCAUCCCUCUAUCUCAGAUGAAGAUGUGGAGCUAUGGACACAGACCCCCAGCAGAGAGCCGUUACAUGACUGUGACAUCCCCGACAGACAGGUACACUGUUCUGACAGUGCAUUCUACCCACCUUGACCGCAGUGUGAGGGUACAUACAUGAAGGACACAGACUGUUAUUACCUAGCUCUUUGUGGUAGAUUAGUGUAAAACAAACUGUUUGAAUGUGUUUUUUAAGCUUUUUGUCUGUCAGAGAUUGCUGCUAAUAAUAGGCUAUUUGGUGAUAUUAAAGUCAUUUGCAUCUUUAAGACUUUAUUUUUAUGACUAAAACCACAGAGUUUUGCCUGUGCAACUACAUAGAACAGAGAAUGUAAAGCAUGAACAGACUGCUCUCUCAUGUCCACAUGAAUUACAUGUCAUAAUUUUAAAUAAAGUCCAUUAAACUAUGAA